CGGAAGUGAGGCGGCCCGCAGACGGGAGGCCCGCGACGACCGACAUGCCUUUGGCUAAAGACUUAGUGCAUCCAUCCUUAGAGGAUGAGAAGAAGAAACACAAAAAGAAACGGCUGGUUCAGAGUCCAAAUUCUUACUUUAUGGAUGUAAAGUGCCCAGGCUGCUACAAGAUCACCACGGUGUUCAGCCAUGCCCAAACGGUGGUUUUGUGUGUUGGCUGCUCAACUGUGUUGUGCCAGCCAACAGGAGGAAAGGCCAGGCUCACAGAAGGAUGCUCAUUUAGAAGAAAGCAACACUAAUGAUCCAUUCAUCCAGUCUGACUCUAUGUAACACUCAGCCUUAUCUGUUCAGCAACAGCAGUUAAUUCAACAAGUUAGUAUAAUUACAUAUGACUUUGUAUACACCAGUGAUCUCCUGUUUUGGAACCCGUUUUUCAAUAAAGUUUUGAUUAUAUGCAA